ACCCCGAGGCACCAAACUUGAGAGGUCCAAGAAGCCUUACCUCAACCACCGGAUGUUCCCUGUCACAACCUCGAACCAGGGGAUUGGAUCUGAGUAAAGGUCUAUCAACGGAAAAACGCACUUCAACCCAGAUGGAAAGAACCUUUCCAGGUACUUCUGACCACUAAUUCUGCUGUUCGUUGCCAAGGUCACCAAACGUGGACUCACGCCUCGCACUGCAAGAAGGUAUCACCUCCAUUGGACCCUGAAGCAGCUGUAUUCCAACCAAGGUUGGGACCUUUCCCUGAGGCCAAGGACAAAGACCCUCAGGACCUCACUCAGGCAAGUGAGGAGCAUCAGGGUGCAAGUGCUAGUAACCUCUCCCCUGAACCCAACACCUCAGCCCAGCCGGAUUCAUCAGUUGAAGAACGAAGAUAUCAUCUUCGGCCUCGAAGAAAGUGAAUGCUCCCAUUCGGAAGAUCACCACCUCGAUCAAGACCAAGAGCCGACAUUAUCAGUCCUUUAGGUAACUUGAGCCCAGAGGACGAAGAAAGACUUUGGCUGCCAUCCUGGGUUUGGCUGGUAGUGUUCUUUUUCUUACUGGUGCUGAUUAUGUUUGUUGUUAAGAUUCUUUGUCCCUUCUGUAUCUAAAAAUGGCAUUGAUAUCCUUAUAUAUCACACUUGGGUAUCUCAGUAUCACCCAAGGGGGGUGGGAGAAAAAUUUGUAUUUGCAGAUCUCCCGUACGGUGGCUCAAGCUGGAAAUAAAAGUGACUGCUGGAUAUGCUCUCACAGCCCAGCACACCUACACCAAGGAAUCCCAAUGAUCGGAGUACCAAUAUUCCUCCAGCAAUGGGGAACAAUAAACGGCAGCUUCGUUAGACACUACUCGUUAGCUGCCCAUCGGUCCGCUCCUAAAGAAUGGAGGGCCGCCCCUGCUAACUGGAUAAUCUCCCCAAGAGUAGAGGCACCUUUCUGUUACAGAUCCAACAACACCGGAGGUUAUAAUAAAGCCACACCUGUAGGACACUACCCUCAUUGCCUAACUACUCUAGAUUAUAGCCCUAGUAGCACCAGUGGAAUCCUGUUGGGUAACGUACCCUCUCUCAAUUGUACAGGAUUCAUGGUCUACAACUUUUCUAAGGAACCUCAUGUUGCUCUCAUCGCAAACAGAUCGGAAUUUUACAUUGACUCCAAUUUUACUUCUUGUAAUAUAUCUCGGUUCAGCAGGAUAGCAGCUGAACAUGGUCCGUCCUAUAUGAUGCAUAUCAAUCGAAAGUGCCGGAUAUGGCACAACACCUGUCGAGAUUUGAGUACCCUUUCUGCCCCAGGCAUUUACUGGCUCUGCGGAAACAGGGCUCAUAAAAUCUUGCCCUGGAAUUGGGUGGGGGCAUGCACUCUUGGACGUGUUAUCCCUGGUUUCGAAAUGCAUAGUGCAAUAUAUCUGGAACAAGUAAAAAAUUUCAACCAUCACAUGAAAAGGGCGGUUAACCCCUUAGCUACCAGAAACACAGGGUUCCAUCGAUUUGUGAGAACCUUCAUACCGUGGCUUGGAGUAAGAGAAUUGGAACUAGCCAUAAUUAACAUUUCAGCCACAAUGGAAGCUAUGGGAAAUGCCACUGCGGAUGCAAUUCAGGCUCUGCAAAAAGAGAUCUCCCAGAUCUCAUAAGUAACUAUACAACACCGCAUAGCCCUAGAUUACCUAUUGGUAUCCCAGGGAGGAGUAUGUGCCUUAGUAAACUUCACUUGUUGUGUCUAUGUCAAUCAGGACAUGCGACUCGAAACUGACAUUCGCAAAAUCCGAAAUCAGUUAAGGGUCUUACAUCAAGUGGCCUCAGAAAUAGUCUCAAAAGGGGGGGGGCUGUGGAAUCAGAAAAAAUAUAUGCCUUAAACUUUGAUUAUUUUAGCUAUAAGAUGACAUAACCGCUUUGUGGAGAAUUGCUGGCUCUGUAAAGUAGAACAGAUAAGGGCAAAUGUUUGUUCUUUGUAACUCCUCUGCAACUGCUUCGCUCACCGCGGCCUUGCAGGUAGCAAAAAGUAUGUACAAAGUAGAUUUCCAGGUGCAAGAAGGAGGUUUGUGAACUAACCUCGCCUCCCCCAUUAGUUCCCAUCUUGAUUACAGCAAAGAAAUAAUGAAGUAAUAUUAUAGCUGCUUUUCAUGCUAAUUUCACUAUAUGAUCACGUGAGUUGUAAGCGACUGUUAAAAAGUAUAUAAGCCUCCUGAUUUUGCUCUUGGGGGGGGACCCCUUCCAAGUGCUUGGGAAAUCCAUGUCACUUUGGAACUCCCCCUACAGCUGUAGUUUCUUUUGAAUAAAAGCUUCUGC